GGCCCCGCCCCUUAUCCAUUGCUGUGAAGGUCGGGAUUGGGAUUCCAUUCAUGAACAACAACUCUUCAUAUGGUUUUAAUGACAUUUGAUACCAUUAUGGCCGGCCAAUAUUGCUGUUGUGUGCGUUCAGAGUAUGUUGUGAAGAUUUAAGGUCUUGCUAGGAUGAAGACUAUGUCCAAUCAGCAAAGAUGGUCAGAAAUGGAUCAGAAAAUAGUCCUGCAGAAUUUGUUUGUGGCUGGGGAUCUGCUUUUGUCAACAUAACGUUUACUUUUCCAAUAAAUAAAGUAAUGUUUCGUCAACAGCUAUCAGGCGUCCGGACCUUCGCUGCCUUAAGACAAUUACAAACGGAAGGAUUGAGUAAUUUGUACAGAGGAUUUUUCCCCCCACUGAUACAGAAAACUGCCUCUAUGACACUUAUGUUUGGAAUGUACUACAAGAGUCUGAAUUAUUUGACCAAACAGUACCCGCACGUUCCUGUCAUUUUUAGCAGCGUUGUUGCAGCUUCAUUUGCUGGUGCUUUGGAGGCACUUUUAAUGCCUUUUGAGAGAAUUCAAGUAUUAAUGCAAGAUAAGAAUUACAACCAUAGAUUUGACAAUGCAAGGCAUGCCGCUAGGGAACUGAGGUCCUUCUAUGGAGUUCAAGAGUUUUACAGAGGGGGUUCCGCCAUACUUUUGCGCAACUGUGGUAGCAAUGUUUUAUUUUUUCUUGCAAGAGAUUACGCAAUGGCUACUCUCCCACCCCCUGACACAGUUCUAGAGAGGACUUCUCAGGACUUCAUCUGUGGUGCUGCAUUAGGGGCAGUUCUAAGCACAUUGUUCUAUCCUGUUAAUGUUGUGAAGGUCAAAAUGCAGAGCAAGGUCGGUGGACGAUUUGAAGGACUGCUCCAUACCCUCAGAGUUGUUCAACAAGAAAGGAAUCAUAGCUUAAGAAAACUUUUUAGAGGAGUGCAUAUUAAUUUCACAAGAUCUUUUCUCUCGUGGGGCAUUGUAAAUGCAACAUAUGAAUUUCUUAUGGUUAAUCUAUUUAAUAGAAGUUCUAGAAAAACAAACCACACUAAAUGAAAUAUUUAUUGUAUUAGUAAACUAAUAUAACCAUGUAACCUUAGUGUAAAAUGUGAAAUAAAUUUAUUUUUAGAUGAGGAAAGUUAUACGUUUUGCUCAAAGUAAAUUUUUAUUGAGAAUUGGAUACAAUAUACAUGUACAAGUAUUAGUUAAUUUACUAGACAAGUGUAAUGUAAAUUAAAAAAAUGGCAUUCUCAUACUUUAUGAAUUUUGUGUGAUGUUCUAUAUACAUGUAUGCAACAUAUUAAAACUACUGAUAUAGAAAUCAUUUCAUAUUAUAAAGUUAUGGAAUUCAUGAUAAUCAUUUUGAUAUCUUUGCUAGGUGUUUAUUGAUGGGUUGAUUCGAAAUAAUCAAGAGUAGUCCAGUUGUAGGGUUCUCCAGUUUAUUUUAAGUACCAGCAUUAGAUAGGAAUUAGAUAUUAAAGUGGAAUAACACACCUGGAAAAAGUCUCUCAAAUUAACAGUAAUUUACAUGUAUUUGGUUAUAGAAGAUGAAAUGAUAAACUUUAUAAUGUCAAAUAAGUGAAAAUGUUGCAGUUUGGGGAUAAAAUAAAUAUCUAAAAACUUCAACUAAUAAGCAAGAAGUAACAAAAUCCCUUGCGGGAUUCC